UCUCGUCUUCUGGAAAUCGUCCGCUCAUCGCCUUUCGCCCAUCGCCCAUCGCCGCCGUUUCCUGUCACCACCCCAUUCUCCUCUGCAGCAGAUCUCGUCUUCUGAUCUCCCGUUGCGGCAGACCCUUGCCACUUCUGCCUUCUCUGACGCUUCUUUUUCCCAUCUUAGCUCCAGCCUCUCGAUUGAAAGAGGGACAAGGGGAAGAAUUUGCUCUCUGCCAAAAUCCCUGGGAAGAUCUCCAUCCUUGAAGUUGGCAGGGACAGGGAUAGUUAGAUGGCUUCUUCAUCAGACUCAUGGAUAAAGGAGUAUAAUGAAGCAGUAAAACUUGCAGAUGAUAUCAAUGGAAUGAUAUCAGAGAGGAUUUCUAUGCCUGCAUCAGGGCCUGAAACCCAACGUCAUGCAUCUGCCAUUCGAAGGAAGAUUACCAUUUUGGGGACUAGACUGGAUGGCUUGCAGUCCCUAUUGUCUAGGCCUACUGGGAAACCCUUAACAGAGAAGGAGAUGAAUCGUCGCAAGGACAUGAUUGCAAAUUUGAGAACAAAAGCAAAUCAGAUGGCUUCCACAUUGAACAUGUCAAAUUUUGCUAACAGAGACAGCUUGCUGGGCCGGGACACUAAGCCAGAUGCCAUGAGCAGAACAGUUGGUCUGGAUAACUCUGGCCUAGUUGGUCUUCAACAACAAAUAAUGAGAGAGCAAGAUGAGGGUCUUGAAAAGCUGGAGGAGACAGUUGUAAGUACAAAGCAUAUAGCAUUGGCAGUCAAUGAGGAGCUUGAUCUGCACACCAGACUUAUUGAUGACUUGGACCAGCAUGUGGAUGUUACAGAUUCCCGUCUACGAGUAAAGCUCUCAGCACCUAUAUACAUUUCAUAUGCAUAACAGAAUGUUUCUUGAUUAGAAAUUGAACAUGGUACUUGUCCUCACUAUUUUUUUGGCCAACAUUCCUCCACCUUCUUAGAAAGGGAAAGUUGCAUACAAAGCUUAUUGCUCAUUAAGUAACAGUUUAAGAACAAAAUCGUUUUAGUGAAUUAACCUUGAAAUUCAUAACUAUGUUAUCUGGAAAUUCUUCGGAGAGAAAUUAAGUAUUGUUUAUGAAUUUGAGUUGAGGUGAUCUUAGGGAGGAACUGGGGACCUUUGUGGGUCAUCAGUGAUGUGUAAUGUAUUAUUUGAAAAUACCUGCUUGAAGAAAUGAAUGCAAGUAUUUUCUUCUAAUUUGGAAGUUGGCAUAGUUAACAUAAUAAGAUUGCUGGACAAUGUUAGUUGUUUGGAAUCAAGGGGGCGGCUUUUCUAUUUGACUGAAAUAAUAGGUACACUCUGGAGAUAUAUGCAUUUAGAUUACGCUGUUAUAAUAUGAAGUGAAAGACAAACUUGGGUGUUGUGUCGUGCAUUUGUAGCAUUUUCCAAUUUACCUGCCUUUAAGAAAUACUACUUUGUAGAUUGAUAGCUAAGCAUUACAUUUUAUUUCAUGGUGACAGCGAGUGCAGAAAAACUUGGCAAUUCUCAACAAGCGCACCAGAGGCGGAUGUUCCUGUGUGUGCAUGUUUUUAGCCGUCGUCGGGAUUGUGAUCCUGAUUGUCAUGAUAUAUCUACUUAUCAAAUACUUGUAAUACCCAACAACAAUAAACACAACAGCUUCACCUUCUGCCUUGUGUGUGGAAUUGGAUUUCAGUUACAGCUCUGCCAUGAUCCCGUUAUGUUUUGGCUCUUUUUGUUUUCUCUUGUGCAAUUUGUAGAGUUGCUGAGCGUUAAAAUGACAAUGUAAAUUAUAAGUAAUUUACGUCUUCCUCACAUUUCUCACAUAUCCAAGUCGUGUUUCAAAUACUUCAGGUUGGCGAAUGAAUUAACAAUAACAGA